CAUGGCCACUCCCGCUCACUCUCCCAUUUCGAAAUACGGAGUCUUUCCCAAGUCCAACUCUCUCCUAGGGUUUCAAUCUCACUUCUUCAGACGAUGGCGAACGACCGCCGAAGCUCCGAUCUGGCGGAUCCGCUUCUCGGCUACUUCGGCCUCUCUCUCUUCCCCCGCACAUUUAGGGAUUCCUCCACCGUUUCUAAGCCGUCCGGUCACGACAAUAUCGAUUCCCUCCAUUCUUACCUCAAGUCCAUGGCAUUAAGAAGUCCCACAAAGCUCCUAGAGCAGGCAAAGUCCAUCUUAGAUGGCGGUUCAGAACUAUUGAAUCCCAACUUCCCAAGCGAUGUAGCAUCAGAAGACAACUGUGGACCUAUUUCUGAAAAGCUCAAGGAAAAUCCCCCAGAGCGAAGGCCUGCCUUAGGCCGUAAACGGGCUCGGUUUUCUUUAAAGCCUGAUUCAAGUCAGCCUACAAUGGUUUUGGAACCAAGUUUGGACAUCGAUAAACUCCAAGACCCAGAGGAGUACUUCUUGGCCCAUGAAAAGCUCGAAAAUGCCAAAAAGGAAUUACAGAGACAGCGAGGUGGUGUUUUAAUGGAUUUAAAUCAGUACAAUCUAUCUACUACUGCACGGCAUCGUCGACCAGGAAUUUUAGGGAGGUCUGUUAGUUAUAAGCAUCACUACUCAUCAUUAGUUUCUGAUAAUGAUGAGAACUUGAUGCCCUCUCCAGCAACAGUGGAACAGAUGAUUGUUAGUCCUUCUAAUUAUAGUUCACAAGUAGAAAUGGUGGAUCCAAAUGUUGCUUUACAGGAAAGAGAGUUAACUGAAACAGUAGAUCCAAGUGUUGAAUCACUGGAAAGAGAAUUAACUGUUUCUGUGACCCAGGCAGAGAACAAAGUAGAUGAAAUUUUGGAUGAAUUACUAUCAGGUAAUUGUGAAGAUUUAGAUGGGGAUGGGGCACUCACUUUUUUGCAGGAGCGUUUGCAGAUCAAACCCAUUGAUCUGGACAAAUUAUGCCUCCCUGAGUUGCAUGAUAUCCAACGGAACGAUUUCAAGUCUUCAGGAGGAAACUGGCUCAGGCAUAGGGACUCUUUGUCAGAUAUAAAGUCUAUGUUAGAAGGGCUAAGUAGUAAAACACCCAUAAAGAAAGGGCAAGUGGUGGAAAGCUUUGUUCAUACUUUGGCUUCACCGACGCCACCAAAGAGUCCUUUUGCCUCAAUAUGUCUAUUAAAGAGGCACAUUUUGCAGUCAAAUCUAACAAGCGAUCCAUUUUCUGUUCUCAAGGUUAAUCUAUCACCAGCCAGGAAUUCUUCUACUGUCAAAUCUAGUGAUAAACAAUCCGAUCAGAUUGAGAAUGGAAAGGAGCUUAGCUUUUCUGCAAAGUUGAAAUCAGUAAUACUUGAAGGAGAUGAUAUUGCUGUUGCAAACAAGAGUUCACAUGAGGUGGUACAUGUGAUAACAGGAGAUUCAACUCCUCCAUUUGAGAAAACUGUGAAUAACGACUCGAGAAGACUUGGUGUUGGAAUCAAUAGUGGGUUGAGUGGAUCUCAUGCUGACUUGGAUGGUAACAUUAGAAACAAUAAUGUGGAUGAUUUAAGGAGGCUGGAUGCUGACACUGAUGUUCAAAUAAAUAGAACAAAUGAAUUGGAGGAUAAUUCUUCUACUGUCAAAUCUAGUGAUAAACAAUCCGAUCAGAUUGAGAAUGGAAAGAAGCUUAGCUUUUCUGCAAAGUUGAAAUCAGUAAUACUUGAAGGAGAUGAUAUUGCUGUUGCAAACAAGAGUUCACAUGAGGUGGUACAUGUGAUAACAGGAGAUUCAACUCCUCCAUCUGAGAAAGCUGUGAAUAACGACUCGAGAAGACUUGGUGUUGGAAUCAACAGUGGGUUGAGUGGAUCUCAUGCUAACUUGGAUGGUAACAUUAGAAGCAAUAAUGUGGAUGAUUUAAGGAGGCUGGAUGCUGACACUGAUGUUCAAAUAAAUAGAACAAAUGAAUUGGAGGAUAAUUCUUCUACUGUCAAAUCUAGUGAUAAACAAUCCGAUCAGAUUGAGAAUGGAAAGGAGCUUAGCUUUUCUGCAAAGUUGAAAUCAGUACUACUUGAAGGAGAUGAUAUUGCUGUUGCAAACAAGAGUUCACAUGAGGUGGUACAUGUGAUAACAGGAGAUUCAACUCCUCCAUCUGAGAAAGCUGUGAAUAACGACUCGAGAAGACUUGGUGUUGGAAUCAACAGUGGGUUGAGUGGAUCUCAUGCUGACUUGGAUGGUAACAUUAGAAACAAUAAUGUGGAUGAUUUAAGGAGGCUGGAUGCUGACACUGAUGUUCAAAUAAAUAGAACAAAUGAAUUGGAGGACAAGGUUGGAGAUAUGUUGCAGGAAGCAGAACCGUGUGCACACCCAGAUCAGAAUAUUGAAGAUUCAACUUUGGAGAAGUUGAACAGCAGUGACAGUCAAGGGGAUCAACCAACUCCUGCUGUAGUUGAAGCCCAUGACAUGGAUGGACCCUCCAAAACUGGAGACGAUGAUCUAGAACAGUGUACUGAGAAAAUUCUGGAACCUUCUGGUGAAUCACUGAAUAAGAGAAGCAAAGCAAAAACACCUCCUCGCCGAGAACGCAAAAGAAAAGAAAUUUCUGGGAGGCAAAGUCUUGCAGGGGCUGGAACAUUGUGGAGUUCUGGGGUGAGGCGAAGCACCAGAAUCAAAAUGAGACCCUUGGAGUAUUGGAAAGGCGAAAGGUUUUUGUACGGACGCGUACAUAAGAGCUUGACAUCAGUAAUUGGGGUAAAGUAUGUGUCUCCAGCUAAGGGUGAUGGAAAACCCACUAUCAAAGUGAAGUCUUACGUCUCUGAUGAAUAUAAGGAGCUUGUUGACCUAGCAGCUUUACAUUGAGAUCACCUUGUUUCGUGUGAACAUGAUUAGAUACACUUAGGGUCAUAGAAAAGUUGAAACAGGGCAAAAAUGUUGAUUUGAUAUUCUACUCUAUUAGGGUUCAUCAGGUCCUACUACAAUAUCCGAAAGUACUAUGGUUGGUCACUAUUGAAAAAGUCGCAACCAAUCAGGUAAUACCAUACAUAUACCUUUGGGUCUCAUGACCUAUACUUGAAUCCAAUUUGUUUGUAUCCUGUUCAAUCGUUUCGGUUUUAGUAUCAAUUUCGUAUCUUAGGUGGCGUUUGUUUUUUUACUUAAUUCUAAAUAAAACUUUAAUGCUUAAUAGUGUUAAA